AUGACUAUAGUUUGGUCGGCCAUCGGCCUACUGGCCAAUCAUACCGAUUAUUAUACUAAUCAUCAGCAGCAGCACCAACACCAACACCAACAACAACAGUAUCAUCAAUCGUACGGACAGUUAUUGAGCGUAAAAAAUCUAAUACUGGGACCCAUACUGACCGUUAUCAUACUGACCACUGUAUUGGGCAACAUAUUGGUCAUUGUGUCCGCAUGUGUGGAGAAAAGCCUACGAACGGCCAGCAAUUGUCUGAUAUUUUCGUUGGCCGUAUCCGAUCUGUUGGUCGGUUUGCUGGUUAUGCCUAUGCGGCUGACCAUUGCGUUGUUCGGCUACUGGCCCUUCCAGUUCCGAUGCGAUCUGGCACUGGAGCUAAACAUACUGUCCUCGCAGGCAUCCGUAUUGAAUCUGAUGGCCAUUGCCAUCGACCGAUGGAUUGUAGUUAGCCGUGUGCAUAAUCCUAGUCCACUGUUGACCGCCCGAUCCCGUAAGCGUAUCAUAAUUAUGGUUAUCGGCGUAUGGGUGGUACCGAUUGUGUUUGUUGGUCUACCCUUAAUGGGCUGGCGUAGUGUCCAAUGGACAAGUAUCAGCAACAAACAGCCCCGUUGUAGCGGCUAUCAUGCGGUCGGCUAUCGGCUACUCGGUAUGGUCAUCACGUUUUACAUACCGGUGCCGAUUAUAAUUGUAUUUUACUCACUCAUUUAUAGGAUUGCACGUAUCAGUGCCCGAAAUAAACGCCGACAUAAUGGCCAACAAUAUAGGCAACAACAACAACAACACCGACACUCACAGCAUCAUCAACACCGACAACAAGACAACAACCGAAACGACCAACGACUGGCCAUACCGUUGGCCAUACCGGAGACCAGUUGCGUAACUACCGAUAACAGUCCCGAAAUGAUGGCAAUGAUGGUCAACAACAAUACCGCCAACAAUCCCGACACUGCUAUUUCCGCGGCCGUAACAGCUGCCGAUGUGGUGGUGGCGGCCAUCAAACGGCCGCGUCAAGCAUCGGUAUGCGGCAGUACCUGUUCGGUACGCUAUCCAUCGUUCAUACGGCGAGGCCUCAGGUUUUACGCCGAACGCGACCGAAAAGUGGCCAAAACAUUGGUCAUCAUUACCGGCCUAUUUCUCCUGUGUUGGUCACCGUUUGUUAUCGUCUAUACCGUCUAUAUUAACCGCCAAUCCAUACCAUUGACACUAAACGAGACGAUUAUUUGGUUGGGUUUAUUGAAUUCAACGAUCAAUCCGUUUAUUUACGCCUAUUUUGUACCGACUUUUCGGUCAACAUUUGGACGUAUUUUGUGCCAAAAACCGACAAAUAUUUAA